ACUUCCUUCUCAACCAAGUCAACAAACUCAGCUUUUAAAGUCGAUAUGUGGUAAAGGUGAUGACAACAUGCCACUUGGUCUAAAGUUCAACAUCAGCUGCGCGCCCAUGGUAUAUGAGGAGUCGGAGUGACUUUUCCCCAGAACAAUAAUGGCCACGUACUCUCGGCUCCCGGGAUCCGUUGCUCUGAUAACGCUUCAGAAUCCACCUGUCAACGCGCUCAGUGCAGCGGUGCGACAGGGCAUAGUAGAUACGGUGCAGAGGGCCCUGAAGGACCCACAGGUGACAUCUGUAGUGAUCUGUGGACAGAAUGGGAAGUUCUGUGGAGGGGCGGACAUCAGGGAGUUUGCGGGGCAGAUGUUGGGGCCCCCCCUGGUGCCCAUGAUCCAUGCUAUUGAGGCUGUGGACAAGCCUGUGGCCGCAGCCAUCGAGGGAGUAGCACUGGGAGGAGGACUGGAGUUAGCACUGGGCUGCCACUAUCGCAUUGCACACUCCAAGGCCCUUCUGGGACUUCCAGAGGUGACCCUGGGUCUGCUGCCAGGCGCAGGGGGUCACAACGUCUACCCAGACUCAUAGGGUUAACAGCCGCCCUGGACCUCAUCACUACAG